AUGCCUUCCUCAAGUGCCGCCAGUUCUCGCAGCGGCUCCAUGCAGUCACAAGAAGGCUCCAGCAAUGUCAUUCAGAGCAAAGCCGAUCCCAAUGCCGCCCUCUUCGAAGCACAGCCCAUGGCUGUCAGUGCCGACUUGGGAAGUCGAGAAAUCUUUUCCUUGAGAAGCAUGCAACACAAAGACCGAGAAGGCAAGAUUAUCACCGACCCAGACCUCUCCAACCCAACCCGCCCUCGUCUCGAGAGGCCUCUCGACACCAUUCGAGGAUUUGAAGCCGCGAUCGAGUCGACGCGAAAGCAGAACCGCAUCUGA